CCUCCUGUGCUGCUAGGUGGCGGUACAGCUUCGUUGUUCUACUGAGCUGCGUCUUUGUGCAGUCGAGGAAGCCAAGAUGGCAGCCACCAUGAAGGCAAAUGUAGCAGUAGAAGAUGUGAACGUCACUUUUGAAGACCAGCAGAGGAUCAAUAAAUUCGCCAGGAACACAAGUCGGAUGAACGAGCUGAAAAAUGAAAUCGAUGCGAAGAAAAAAUCGCUGCAGAACAUGCAGGAUGCCAGCGACGACCUAAUGAUGUUAGAAGACGACUCUAUUUUGAUCCCGUACCAAAUUGGUGACGUCUUUGUCAGUCACACCCAGGAGGAGACUCAAGAGAUGCUGGAGGCUGCUAAGGAAACACUGGAGCAGGAGGUCAAAGCCCUUGAUGACCGAGUGGCUGCGAUACUGCAAGUUUUGGGGGAUCUGAAGAUCCAGCUCUAUGCCAAGUUUGGUACCAACAUUAACCUGGAGGCUGAUGAAAGCUAAGCUGGGAGACGGACACUGACAGCUGCCCUAAAUCGGACUUUUUCAUGCAGCUCCUGUAUCACAUCCACAGAGCCAAACACAACCUCCCGUGGGACUCCGCAUGAACGGCUUAUAUGUGUGUAGCUUCUGGCUUUUGUUCGCACAGGUGUGGUGUUUAGUUUGCAAUCAAAGUCACAAGGACACCAACAGUUACGGUAUGGAGAUAAAAUAAAUAUGCAUCAUUUGUUACUUAUUUUAAUUGGUCCCUUAUUUAAUGUUUUUUUUACUCUGCUGAUCAAACUUAAGUAAACAAUGAUAAACAAAACACCUGCGUAGUGUUUAACCUUCUGAACAUUAACAAUGUGAACUCACUUUGUGCUCGACUCCCUCAAAGGAGAACAAAUUAACACAUUUUUGUUUAUGCAACAAUUUCUGGAAUCCUUAAGGGUAUCCAAUCUGCUUCACUUAUUCAGAAUUUUGCGGUGCUGCCACAAUAAAUUAAGGUGAUAAAAUAAGUACGUUCAGUUACUGAUCAACACGUUUGUCGUCUGUUUCCAAAAUGCAUUAAAUGUAAUUCUGUAAUACACUUAUUGUCAUUGAUCUUCAACCAGAAA